GCUGACCUGGAAGUACAACAGAAGUAGCAGGAACGUGGCGGUAAAUGUGCCUGAGCGGCAGCAGACCGGUGGUGGCGUUUGAUUGGAUCAAGGACCCACUGGAAAACAUGGUAAGUAUCCUGGUUUGCAUGAGGGAAGUAGACCAUGAGGGAGACUGUCCUUAGGAAAUCGGAAGCGGAUUAUAUAUAUAUAUAUAUCAGAAAAAAGGGUGCACUCACAGGUCUUUUCCGUGCAGUAAUCGUGUUCCAAAAUUACAUAGUUCACAAAAAAUACAGUGAUUGAUGUUUCGAGCUCUCAGGGUCUUUCUCAAGAUCAAUGUGACCAAAAUAUAACAGGCUAUAUGCAAGAAAUAUACCAAUCAUGUUAUGUUUACUCACCAAUAAAAAGUGUCUGUUUCCCUCGGAUCGGUGCUAACCCGGAAGUGUGCAGACGUGACGUGAGAAACGUGCCGGCGUGGUUGCUAGGUAGCAAAAUAAACAAAGUGCCAAGAUUGGUAUCAUAUAUAAAACACCGUGAAACAAAUACCAGUUGCAAUAUUAACAUGGUAUAAAUGUGCUAGAUCAAUGUGACGAGGAUCAGAUCUUGAAGGGGAGCCAAUAUAGAUUGGGUGAAGAAAGUAUGUGACAAUGUAUAAUAUCUACAUAAACUUUUUCAUAAGCUACAUGCAAUUAUCAUAUUAUACAAUCUUUAGCAAGGUAGUGUGCAUAGUAUUACUAUCAAAUAUAAAGCAGAUAUAACGCAGAGCAGGGAUAAUAUAUGGUACAAAGUACCUAAGAGGGUGUUCAUGUAAUACAGAGUCAGGUAAAUUACUUUGUAUGGCUCAAUACAUGUUCAAAUGGUCCAUCUGUUUUCUCCCGAUUUUAAGCUGUGCAUAUUUGCUGGCCGAAUGUGUAUAAAUAAAUUAUAAAGAAAACUCGAUUUACAAAUAUUCUUGUAAAGGUUCCAAUGAGUGUUAAAGGGAUAUUAUAUCUAUAAACAUAAUGCAAGACACAGUCAAAAAACUAUUGGGGGGGGUGGACAUCCAACUAAAUAUACAAAAUUUGCAAAAUAAAUGUAUGAUGUACAAUAAUGCUGAUAAAAAAAUAAAAAUACGCAUACGCUAUAUUACCAUGUACCACAUAUGGAAAUGUAAAGGGGUAAUAUGUCUGUAUGGGGGUCAUAUCGGGAUCAGUGAAAGUAGGGUGAAAAAACAUAUGAUAAACAUAUCCCACUUUGUUAUAAUAUAUCAAUAUUACUUAUUUACAGUGGUAACAAUGAAAACUCUAUAUGAAUAUAGAAUAUACAAUGUUUUCAUUGAGUCCUUUCGGGGCUACAGUGUCCAAUCUGAAAAUCCAUGUUGCCUCACGUUGUAAGAGUGCUUUAGCUCUGUCACCACCACAAGACAUAAAUCUUAUAAAUUAGUCUAUAUUGCAUGGCUAAGAAAUAGGGAUCGACCGAUAUUGAUUUUUUUAGAGCCGAUACCGAUACCGAUAAUCUGCGAACUUUCAGGCCGAUAGCCGAUAUCUUGCCGAUAUUCUGUACAUUUACUAUUUUGAAUAAAUAAACUAAUUCGAAAGGUAAAUGCACAAAAUAUACAUGCCACAUGUAGUGGAUGAAGUGUGUUUAGACAGGGGAACUGUGUGUGUUUGUGUAGUGUGUGUGUGUGUGUGUGUGUGUGUGUAGUGGAUGCAGGGUGUGUGUUUGUGUAGUGUGUGUAUAUAAUGCAGUGUGUGUAGUGUGUAUAUAAUGCAGUGUGUUUAUGUAGUGUGUGUAUAAUGCAGUGUGUUUUUGUGUGUGUAUGUAAUGCAGUGUGUGUGUGUUUGUGUAGUGUGUAUGUAUGUAAUGCAGUGUGUUUGUGUAGUGUGUGUUUGUGUAGUGUGUAUGUAAUGCAGUGUGUGUGUAUGUAAUGCAGUAUGUGUACUGUGUUUGUGUAGUGUGUAUGUAAUGCAGUGUGUGUGCAGUGUGUGUCUGUAAUGCAGUAUGUGUGCAGUGUGUGUUUGUGUAGUGUGUAUGUAAUGCAGUGUGUGUGCCUGUGUAGUGUGUGUGUAUGUAAUGCAGUAUGUGUACUGUGUUUGUGUAGUGUGUAUGUAAUGCAGUGUGUGUGCAGUGUAGUGUGUGCAGUGUGUGUCUGUAAUGCAGUAUGUGUGCAGUGUGUGUUUGUGGUGUGUGUGUAGUGUCUGUCUGUGUAGUGUGUGUAUGUAAUGCAGUGUGUGUGCCUGUGUAGUGUGUAUGUAAUGCAGUAUGUGUGCAGUGUGUGUUUGUGUAGUGUGUGUGUGUUUGUGUAGUGAUGUAAUUUGUGUAAUUUUUUAUUUUAAUAUUUUUUUUAUAUUUAAAUGUUUUUUUUUGUUUAGUCCCCCCCCAGUGUGUGUUUGUGUAGUGUGUGUUUGUGUAGUGUGUAUGUAAUGCAGUAUGUGUGCAGUGUGUGUGUGUGUGUAGUGAUGUAAUUUGUGUAAUUUUUUAUUUUAAUAUUUUUUUUAAUAUUUAAAAAAAAAAAUUGUUUAGUCCCCCCCCCAGUGUGUGUUUGUGUAGUGUGUGUUUGUGUAGUGUGUGUUUGUGUAGUGUGUAUGUAAUGCAGUAUGUGUGCAGUGUGUGUGUGUGUGUAGUGAUGUAAUUUGUGUAAUUUUUUAUUUUAAUAUUUUUUUUAAUAUUUAAAAAUAUUUUUUGUUUAGUCCCCCCCCAGUGUGUGUUUGUGUAGUGUGUGUUUGUGUAGUGUGUAUGUAAUGCAGUAUGUGUGCAGUGUGUGUGUGUGUGUAGUAAUGUAAUUUGUGUAAUUUUUUAUUUUAAUAUUUUUUUUAAUAUUGAAAUUUUUUUUUAUUUUUUGUUUAGUCCCCCCUCCCUGCUUCUUACCAGGGAGGGGGAUAUAGUAUCCCCUGGUGGUCCAGUGGCUUGUUAAGUACAGUGGUGGCUCAGCAGCAGCAAGCGCUGACUUACCUUGCAAGCAGCUCCUCCAGCUCCCUAUGUAAAUCUCGCGGCUCUUAGUGCCACGCGGAGCGUUGCCAUGGUAACCCGUGGCAACGCUCUGCGGCCGCGGGUCUUGCGAGAUUUACACAGAGAGCUGUAGGAGCUGCAUGCAAGGUAAGUCAGCGCUUGCUGCUGGCCCCCACAGGACCGCCGGGCUUGUAAUGGGCCCGGCGCUCCUGUUAUAUAUUAUCGGCAAUAUCGGUAUCUGAAUUGGCCGAUAUCGAUAUUGCCGAAAAUACCAAAUAUCGGCCGAUAAUAUCGGCCAGACCGAUAAUCGGUCGAUCCCUACUAAGAAAUAUUUAGCAACUGGUUUGUCAGUAUGUUGGUCCCUAAAUGCGGUCAUAAUUGCUGAUCAGUGUCCGAUCCCUUAGAAUAAGAUCAGUUUUUCCCAGGUAAAAAAAUCUGCAGGGACAGGUGAUAAGAUAUAUCACAUGGUCAGUGGUACUUCUCAUAUAUUGGGAAAUAUUUAAUCUAUUGCCACUAUGCGGGUGGGCAGAUGUUGAACCACUGACCAUCUGGAUACAGGUGAAGCAUCCGCUGCAUUUAAAGCAGCCUUUUUUCUUUAUUGGUGUUGGAUUAAGAUAACAUUGAUGUGAAUCACUGUGGACUAAUAGGGCUUUCAAAUUUCUAUUCCUCCUGUAGUUUAUCACAAUUUUUUUCUUGAAAUGUCCUUGGGAGUUUCUUGUCUGCUUGUAAUAAUCCCCCAUGUUUAUUAAUGGACUUUAGCUGCACCAGUAUGGAACAUCAGAGGUAGGAAGACAUAAGGGUUGCCAUUCUUGUUUGAGGGUUUGUUUCCUUGUAGUUCCAUAUACCAUAGAUCUGUAGCUCUUUGUUUGGCUAUCUCAAGAAGUUUUGGGCGAUAACUAAGAGUUGUAAAUCUUUUCCACAUUUGCAUUAUCUGUGUCUCACAGAUGUCCGGUUCGCUAUUAUAUCUGAGUACUCUCAGAAAUUGUGAUAUAGGUAGUGAGUCUUUGAACUGUUGAGGGUGGAAACUAGUAGCCAAUAGCGUAUUGCGACCUGUGGACUUGUGAUGUAGUUUACAGCCCAGUUUAUGCUGUUUCUUGAAAAUGGUUACAUCAAGGAAUUGUAUGGUGUUCGUAUCCCAGCAUGUACUUAACAUUACACGUAGUGGAGAUUGGUUGAUUUCUUGUACCCUGUUCUCCAAUUCCUCAGAAGUCCCUGUCCAUAUCAUAGAGAUAUCAUCUACAAAAUGAUGGUAUGUUUUGAUUUUGUCACCAUGGUUUUUCAAAAUAUAUGUUUGUUCAAAUUUAUACAUGUAUGUAUUGGCAUACGAUGGUGACAUGGCCACUCCCAUCGACAUUCUGGAGCAUUGUAGAUAGAAGUGUUUCUCGAAUUUAAAGUAAAUACACGUGAGGGCAAUUUGUAAAAAUUCCAGGAUAAAUUCUAUUGUUGGUCCCACGUAUAGUUCUGACUCACUUAAUAUUUCUCUGACUGCCUGUACACCAUCUGCAUGGAGGAUGAUGGUGUACAGACUUUGUACAUCCAUGGUGACAAAGAGGUACUGUUCGUCCAUAGUAUGUAUCUGAUGAAUGUGAUUGAUGAAGUCCUGAGUGUCAAGCAGACAUGUGGGAAGAGCCAUCACACUCUCUUUAAUAAAUACAUCAAUGUAUUUAGCUAUGGGUUUGAGUAGGCUGUCUCUGGCUGACAACCAGUCUUCUUGGAGGGUCGAUAGGAUUCUUGUGUAUUUUCGGCAGUGUGUAAAUGACCGGAUGUUUAGGAUGUGUUACAUGUAAGUAAUUAUCUGUUCUGUUGUCCAAGUAAUCUUGUUGUACUCCUAGGUCAAUAUGGUUCGAUACAUUUUUGAAAUUUUGCGACUGUAUCAAAAGUAAGUUUGCAAUAUGUAUUUGUGUUGUUAAGUUGACAGAGUAUUUCUUGUUUGUAUUUGUUAUAUGAUUGUAUGACAAUGGCACCACAUUUGUCAGCUGGGUGGAUGGUGAUUUCUGGGUCCUGCAUUAAAUCCUUCAACACCAGUUUGUCUGCGUUAGUCAGAUUGUGCCUGUGGGUUGGUGGAUUUUUCACUGCUUCCUCUGUUUCUGAUUUGAUGGUUUGUAUAAACAUUUUGAUGGAUGGGUUGAUUUUUAAUAUCGCUCUUCUGUCGUGUGGAAAAGAUGUGUGAUUUAUAUUCAUUCCUUCUUUCCUAAUCUCAUGGCUAAAUAGCAUCUGUUGCACUUUGUACAUUUCCACUUCAGUUUGAAAAGGAUCUGGUUUAGAUGUAGGUACGAAAAAUAGUCCUUUAUUUAAAAUUGAAUAAUGGUUCUCACCAAGGGCUUUAUCAGAAAGGUUGAACACUAUAUUCACUAUAUAUAGUCCUCUGCAUGGCUUUCGGUUCUUUUUGCUCCUCUGGUAGUAAUCCUGGAUGUACCCGGUAGUUCGUCUUGAUAUGUACCACGUUCUAAAAAAGAUUCCUUUUGGGAUCCUUUGUUAGGUUCUUUCGGUUCCACAUCAGAAUCAGACUUGCCUGAGCUGGUGCCUAUCGUAUAAAAUGAAGGUUUGUGCAUCCGUGGUUUGAAUCUUGGAGUUUGUUCUGCUCAACCAUCUGUACCCCUGGUGGUGCUUAUUGUCAUUCUUGACUUUCUCUAAUUUAUUUUUUUUUAAGUCUAAUCAGAUCAUUUUUGUAUUUGUGAAUCUCAUCUUGUGCAGUGGCUGAUGGUGCAUGAAAACAUUGUAUACUCUAUAUUCCUAUAGAGUUUUCAUUGUUACCACUGUGAAUAAGUGAUAUUGAUAUACUAUAACAAAAUUGGGAUAUGUUUAUCAUAGGUUUUUUCACCCUACUUUCACUGACCCUUUUAUAACCCUCUGUAACAUAUUCAUCCUCACCUUGCGUUCAGCGGCUGUGCAUCUGCAUGACUAAGACUUGCGAAUUGACGCUGGCCACUGCGGAUCCACAGCUAAUUAUACCCCCACGUCCGCUCACGUGAUUAACGUCGGCUUACACGUGACAUCAUGCAUGCACGGCGUGCGCACGUUUUGGGGUCAAAGAACGAUCCAGGCCAAUCAGAAAGGUAAAGAAGGUAUAAAAACCUAGAAUUACCAUUCCUCAUUGCCCUGUUGUGGUUUCCCUAGUGGUUGUCCGAGAGUACGUUCCUGAUUCAAGUUUCUUCUGGUUUUUGACUUUGGCUUUGAUUUUGCCCUGUAUUUCUGGUAUCCCUGAUCUCUGGCUUCCCUUUAUCGUUGUGUCCUUUUCUGUCCUUUAUAAUUUAUUUAUUUAUACACAUUCGACCAGCAAAUAUGCACAGUCUUAAAGUCGGGAGAAAACAGCUGGACCAUUUGAACAUGUAUUGAGCCAUACAAAGUAAUUUACCUGACUCUGUAUUAUAUGAACACCAUCUUAGUUUCUUUGUAUCAUAGCCUAUGCCUGCCCUGCAUUAUAUCUGCUUUAUAUUUGAUAGCAAUACUAUGCACACUACCUUGCUAAAGACUGUAUAAUAUGAUAAUUGCAUGUAGCAUAUGAAAAAGUUUAUGUAGAUAUUAUACAUUUUGCCACAUUCUUCAUAUAUUUUUUGCAGAGGGCAUACAGAUCUUGAACUCUAUGGAUUUUAUCCCCAGUUCUCUGCACUUUGUUUGCACUGUUUUUCAAUCACACAUUUAUCUACACACACUCAUCACUUUUUAGUCACUUUUACUUUCUUCACCCGAUCUAGAUCUGAACCUCCUCACAUUGAUCUAGCACAAUCAUACCAUGUUAUAUUGCAACCAGUAUACGUUUCACAGUGUUUUAGUUAUAUGAUAUCAAUCUCGGCACUUUGUUUACUUUGCUACCAAGCAACCACGCUGUCGCGUUUCUCACAUCACGUCACAUGACUCUCUGCACACUUCCGGGUUAGCACCAAUCCGAGGGACACAGACACUCUUCAUUGGUGAGUAAACUUCACAUAACUGAUAUAUUUCUUGUAUAUAGCUUGUUAUAUUUUAGUCACUUUGAUCUUGAGAAAUGUAUCUACUAUAUUUGCAUAAUUAAGUGUCUUCAUUAUAAUUCAAGGGACCUGCCUGACAACCCAGGCAGAAAGUCAAUUUAACAAUUAAAAUGCCAUGCAGAUCUUGAAAAAUAGAAAAUUUCUUAAUUUCUUAAAGUGUUUUUAAUAUUAUUCAUGUUAAAUUAUGUUUCAGAUAUAAAUAUUUCAUAUAAAAUGAAAUCCCUGUUUCCCCUGAACAAAAUGAUAUAUAAAAGGUGUGAGUGUACUUAAUAUGAAAGAGGUGAAUUAUGGUUCAAGCGCAAAUUACAGGUUUUGUUUACGUUUUGUUUUGAUCACAACGUGUACAUUUGGCUCAGUCCUUAAGGGGCUAAUUAGGUAAUAACCUUUAAAAUUUCCGCACUGUUUUAUAAGGUGAAUAUGCUGUUUUGGUUGUUUAUUCUAUGACACUAUGGUCAGUUUGAAUUUGGUCUUUUUUCACAGUUUUUUGUUUAUUUUCUGUUUAUCCUGUAUAUAUUAUACUAUUGCAUUAAGGACGAAAGCACGAUUUGAUCAAAACCUGGAAUUUGUGCUAUAUGUGGUUCAACCAUAAUUCAAACAUAUUAAGUGCACCCACACCUAUCAUAUAUCAUUUUGUUCAGGAGAAACAGGGCUUUAAUUUUAUAUCAAAAUAUGUAUAUAUGAAACAUAAUUUUCUAUGAAUAAAAUCUAAAAAAAAGUGUGAGAAAUUAAGAAAUGUUGUUAUAAAAAUUAUUCACUCUUGCCUAGAUCCAGUGGCGAUCAAAUAAUUCACUCCCCGAUCUACACAGGCUCCAUCAUCAUCCAGAGCAGUGACAUGAACAAGUGACAUGGACUAGGAGCUGAAAGCCUGGUCCCUAACUUCACAGAGACUUACUCUCUCUUACCACUGGUUCUUGUGAUCUUUAUUUUUCUCGUUUUUUGUUUGUUUGUUUUGACUAUGACUAUCACGCAUAAACAGCUGAUAACAGCCCCUUAACUCUUUACACACUGUCAUGCCUUUGACGCCUUAAGCAAUUAGCACACAGGGAUCCUCCACCCACAAAGCACUUAGGACUCCACUAUGCACACGCCCGAAAAGGCCUCUCAACCCACCAGACCAUUUCCAUGCACCUAACACUCAGCUAAGUCACCUCCACACCCCUCACCCCCCUCCUUCCCCAUCUUGCGUUUUAACACCUAAGUGUCUACUCAGCAGAACACAGCGCAGGAGGGGGUUCAUAAACUGACACUACCGCUAAUCGAUACACGUGAAUGUUUUCCUGCUAAUCCCAGCUUUAGUAAACAUAAUUGCCUGUCAAGAUUUAAAAAGUCAGUUUUAUCUAUGUUAGCUCACGAAACUGUUUUCUCUUGUUUAAUUUACAAAAAUGGGCACGAUAAGCAUGUAACCUAUGCAAACCUUGACUUUAUGCAUGUAACUUGUAACCAAUUGCGACUUUCUGAAUUAUAUGCCCGCAAAAAUAAAGAAUUUAAAAAACAAAAAAAAAAAAAAACCAUACAGUUAAGUAGGAUCCUCCAUCCAGAAUGACCCAAUGAGUAAUGACUGCCAUUGACCUACGUCCAUCAUAGGCUCCCAUUUAAAGAGAAAGAUGGUCUUUCCUUUGAUCCAGGUCAUUCUGCGAAAUGGUUGGUGGAGUGUACGUUAUGGCGAAAUAUAAAAAACACUUACCUCCACUGUACCAGAAACCACAGCAAAUAAAUAGAAAAUGAUAAUUUCUCAUCUCUAAAAAAAGACACCAUAACAACAAAAGGUUAUUUUGAUUGAACCCACUGUCCCUUCAGAGCAAACUCUGGUUACAUGAACACAGCCCUUUGCUGUAGUAGAUAGACUUGCUGGCUCCCACAGCAGGUGGUGACUUACAGAGCAGCAUUUAACUUGAUUAGUCCACAGAAUACAUUUCACACCUAACUAUACUUUAUAGUUUAUAGAGCUGCUGCCCCCCCUUUGUUGACCCACAGCUGUAUAUACAGACACACACACUGCUUUAUGUAUAAUACAGGCACACAAUACAGUGAUAUCAAGAUACAUGGAAAUGGCCACAAAAAUGUCACCACAAGCUUGUGGCUUGUGCCAAAAAAAAAAACAGGCCAUCCAUCACAAUCAUCUUAAAGAAGCCUUGCCAGGGACCAUAUCAAACGUCUACUUCCACUCAUAUAUAUCCUUGGUGGGGAUCAUUCCACCUUAGCUGAUAUUAUUGAGCAUAAGGUGCUCCUAAAAUUGUGAGUAAUUUUCAUACUUUUCCACACACUUUUAUUGGUUUGAAACAGUGAGCACUGUAUCCUGUUUUUAUUCUUUCAUAUGCUGCUUCCACUGUGAACACACAAAGAGAAAAAUUACAGUUUCAUCCAUGAGUGGGUAUUAUACCACUCAGAGCCUUAUCUAAGAGCUGAUUGGAGACUCUAUCCUUGUGAGUGUAUUCUUUUUCUUCACAUUAUUAAGAUAUUGAACAUACUGGGUUGCACUAUUGGUUUUUCUUUUCUGCUUAUAUUUUACAUGAGAUGCCAAUAAAAGAACUCCCUACCUCAAUCAAAACCUAAUUUAUUUGAGUGCCAAGGAGGACUUUUGACUGAACUACACUAAAGCAUCACCUCCUCAAAGGCUUAUAGAAAAAAAGACCAUUGUUUUAUUCCUCUGGGACUUUUUAAGUAUAUCCAAGUUAUUUCUAAGACUAUUCGGUUUUACUAUAUAUAUAUAUAUAUAUAUAUAUAUAUAUAUAUAUAUAUAUAUAUAUAUAUAUACAUCCAUACUUAUUUCAAUUUAUACUUGGUGCUAAUCAGUUUUUUCUUGUGUUCUACUCAUAUUUGUAUUCAGCGAAGUCUCCCGAGUAUAGCAGUACCCCCUUGUAAAGGUUUUAUGGUAUUUUGGAAUGUUACAGGGUUAAAUAUAGGGCUUGCCAAUUAAAUUAUCUGGACUGUCUGCCUGAGUUGUCAGACAGGUCCUUCAAAUUAUAAUUAUAAUCACAUAAUUAUGUAAAAUUUAUGGUUAAAUAUAUAUGUAGAAUUUAUUUUAUAUAUACAUACAUACACACACACACACACACACAUAUAAACACAGUUGUACUCAAAAGUUUGCAUACCCUUGGAGAAUUGGUAAUAUAUGUACCAUUUAAAAAAACGAAAAUUAAAAAUACAUGAGUGAGCAGGCAAAACGCAUUACUUUUAUUUCUUAUGGGAUUCAUAUUAUUUCUUAUGGGAUUUAUAUUAGAAUAGCACAAUUAUAAAAACAAAACAAAACAUGACAACAAAGAAAACAAUGAAAUGACCCCUGUUCAAAAGUCUGCAUACCAUUACUUCUUAAUACUGUGUAUUGCCCCCUUUAGCAUUAAUGACAGCGUGCAGUCUUUUGUAAUAGUUGUUUAUGAUGCCCCUAAUUCUUGCAGGUGGCAUAGCUGCCCAUUCAUCUUGGCGAAAUGCCUCCAGGUCAUGCAAAGUCUUUGGUUGUUUUGCAUGAACGGCAAGUUUGAGAUCUCUCCAGAGUGGCUUGAUGAUGGCCAUUCCAGAUGGCCACUCCAGAACCUUUACCUUUUUCUGCAGUAACCAUUGGAGGGUUAACUUGGCCUUGUGUUUAGGGUCAUUGCCAUGCUAGAAAGACCAAGAGCAUCACAGCCUUCGUGCAGAAGAAUGCAAACUGUCUGCCAGUAUUUUCUGAUAACAUGCUGUAUUUAUCUUGCCAUCAAUUAUCACAAGAUUCCCCGUCCCUUUAGAGUUUGCACAUCCCCAAAACAUCCGUGAUCCACAACCAUGCUUCACAGUGACAAUGGUAUUUAUUUCACUAUAGGUCUUGUUGACCCCUCUCUAACAUAGCACUUUAGUUAUGACCAUAAAGCUCUAUUUUGGGCUUGUCACUCCAAAUUACAGUGCACCAGAAGCUUUGAGAUAUGUCAAGGUGUUGUUAGGCAUAUUGAAGCUGGGCUUUUUUGUGGCAUUGGUGCAGUAAAGGCUUCUUUCUGGCAACUCAAUCAUGCAGUUCCUUUUUGUUCAAGUAUCGUUGUGUUGUGCUCCUUGAAACAACCACACUGUCUUUUUUCAGAGCAGCCUGUAUUUCUCCUGAGGUUACAAGUGGGUUUUUCUUUGUAUCCCAAACAAUUCUUCUGGCAGUUGUUGGUGAAAUCUUUCUUGGUCUACCUGACCUUGGCUUGGUAGCAAGAGAUUGCAAAAUCUUCCAGUUCUUAAUAAGUGAUUUAACAGUAUUUUCAAGGCUCUGGAUAUCUUUUUAUAUCCGUUUCCAAAUUUAUAAAGUUCUGUUACCUUGUUACACAGGUCUCUUGACAGUGCUUUUCUGCUCCCCAUGACUCAGUAUCUAGCUUGCUCAGUGCAUCCAUGUGAGAGCUAAUAAACUCAUUGACUAUUUAUACAGACACUAAUUGCAAUUUUAAAAGCCACAGGCAUGGAAAAUUAAACUUUAAUUGCUAUUUUAACCUGUGUCUGUCACUUUGUGUGUCUGUAACAAGGCCAAACAUUCAAGGGUAUGUAAAUUUAUGAUCAGGGCCAUUUGGGUUAUUUCUGUUAUCAUAAUGAUUUAAAAAGGAGCCAAACAAUGAUGUGAUAAUAAAUGGCUUCAUAUGAUCACUAUCAUUCAAUAAAAUAUUUUUUUUGCAUAAUCAGUCACAUUUUCAAAAUAAAUGCCAAAAUUUUAAUACUUUUUGCCAGGGUAUGGAAACUUUUCAGCACAAAAUAUAUAUAAAUACAAAAAAACAAGUCUUGUGCUCAAACUCCCAUCACUCCUGGGCAGCAGCAAUGGCCAUAGUACACAUCAGCCCUAAUGCAUACAGUAAUAAAGGUUACCUGCGCUCUUCCCAAAUCCCUCUGCAUAUUUAAACAAAUGAAGGUUAUUUAGUUUCUCCAAUGGCCAUGAGAGACUUUAGCCCACCUGCCACAUCAAGGUAAACCUCUAAGGUGAGUCUACACUAACCUUUAACCUUCCUUCCUUGAGCUUCUGGCAAAGAUAUCUCUAAUGAGACAGAAAGAGGUAUUUUUUUUAUAUACACCCCUACAUGCCUAUUAACCCCUAAUAAGGAACACAUGGGAUGAGCUGCAGCAUUGUAACAUAGUUGUGUGAUACAAAAGUGAAUAAAAAUACAAAAAAAACAAGCCCUGCACUCAACUGUAUAUAUAUAUAUAUAUAUAUAUAUAUAUAUAUAUAUUUUCCCAGGUCCCAGCACUCAAUUUCCCGGUCUUUUCCAUGCCCCGGUGCAGGUAAUCUCUGACCAAUAUAUAGCAUCCAAGUAGAGAGCACUCUGGAGUCUUCGUUUUAUAUCAAAAUAAAUACUGCUUUAUUGUGCAGAAUACAAAAAUGUCGACGUUUCAGUCACAAUAGACUUUUCUCAAGACAAUUCAUGCAAUGAAUAAACCGUGAUUAUAUAUGUUACAACAAAAUUCCUAUUGGAGGGUGAAAGAUUGAAAGCAAGGACAGGUGACGUCAUAAUUGACGUAUUUAGACAGAAUAUUAACCAGGUGAUUCUUAACUCAAUUAAGGUUUGAAAAAGUGACUUAGUGCUAAUUAAAUACACAGAAAGCUAUUUACAAAAUAAAAACUAAUGAUAUUAAUAAUAAUAAGUAAACCUAAAAAAUAUUCACUAUAUCCAAUAGUCCUGUUAACUAGCAACAAGUCCUGAUUUUUCUGUCUUGCAAUAUCCAAAUGUCUAUUAGCAAAAUAUGUAUAUAGAGACAAAAUCAAUAUUAUUAUCCUAUAAUCCUGUUAACAAACAACAAAUCUUGAUUACUGAGUCUUACACUUUCCUAAUGUCUUUUUAUGUUUAGUUAUUUUUAACUCUCUCCCAACCUCCUCAAUCACCACCAGAAUCAGGUCUAAGGAACAUUUAUUUAAUAUCCCAACCCACUUCCGGCAUACCUCCGGAUUAUUUCUGCCAAUAGUAGGAACAUUUUUGAUUCUAAAUCCUCUCGGAAUUUUCUUCAUUCUAUAAUAAUCUGAUAGGUAAAUUGCAUGUAAUUCAAAAUCAAUUUCUUUUUGGCGUAAUUUCUUUAACUCACGUAUAAUAUCCUUAGAAUCCGAAGAAACUGGUAAAUCAGCAUCAGUCUGAGGCCAUAAAAUGGCUUGAGCCUGUUCAUCUGUAAUCUGUACGGUCUCAGCAUAAUCCAGAUAAGCCCCUGCUUUAGUUAGGAAAUCUUCCAUAGUGAAUAUUCCAGGUGAGAACUUUCACCUCACUUGGGUCCGGUGCAUGGGUAGAAAACUUGGUAAGGGUUUCCAAUUAUAUCUAUUUUCCCAGGUCCCAGCACUCAAUGUUCCCGGUCUUUUCCAUGCUCCGGUGCAAGUAAUCUCUGACCAAUAUAUAGCAUCCAAGUAGAGAGCACUCUGGAGUCUUCGUUUUAUAUCAAAAUAAAUACUGCUUUAUUGUGCAGAAUACAAAAAUGUCAAUGUUUCAGUCACAAUAGACUUUUCUCAAGACAAUUCAUGCAAUAAAUAAACCGUGAUUAUAUAUGUUACAACAAAAUUCCUAUUGGAGGGUGAAAGAUUGAAAGCAAGGACAGGUGACGUCAUAAUUGACGUAUUUAGACAGAAUACUAACCAGGUGAUUCUUAACUCAAUUAAGGAUGUUUCCGUUGCUUAAACUGCCUAGCAUGUAACUUCAUGACACCAGGAAAGACAUUUAAUCAUCCGAGAUCUGGAAAAGUGUAAAACGUCUAAUGAUCUGAGGGAGAGAAUGUGUGGACAUCGUUCGACUAUCCGCACAGCACUCAGCAGUGGAAUAGCGACGACUCCUGUGUCAUGACAUUUCCUUGAGGCAAGUCACAAUUUGGCAGUUCUACGCUUUAUUGGUAUAGACCAUGUACCCAUCUCCCCGAGAGGAGGGGAUAGAGAUUUGGCUUUACUUAAACGUGAAGCAUAUUGGAUCCAUACUUUAGGAGCAUUAUCACCCAAUGGGUUAAAUGAGAAAAAUGCUCUAUAUUGGUUUUUUGAAUAGAAGAUAAUUAAGUAACAUAUGAAGUAUUUGUGGGAUAUUAUGACAUUGUGUUCUUAUUAUGAGAAUUUUUGUAACUAAUGUUGCAUUACUUAAAUAUACAUUAUUAAGAGAUUUUGUGGUAUAAAUGGGAUACACUGACUGUCUUUAUACACAUAUUCUGCCGGUAGACAUUAGGAAAGUGUAAGACUCAGUAAUCAAGAUUUGUUGUUUGUUAACAGGAUUAUAGGAUAAUAAUAUUGAUUUUGUCUCUAUAUACAUAUUUUGCUAAUAGACAUUUGGAUAUUGCAAGACAGAAAAAUCAGGACUUGUUGCUAGUUAACAGGACUAUUGGAUAUAGUGAAUAUUUUUUAGGAUUACUUAUUAUUAUUAAUAUCAUUAGUUUUUAUUUUGUAAAUAGCUUUCUGUGUAUUUAAUUAGCACUAAGUCACUUUUUCAAACCUUAAUUGAGUCAAGAAUCACCUGGUUAAUAUUCUGUUUAAAUACGUCAAUUAUGAUGUCACCUGUUCUUGCUUUCAAUCUUUCACCCUCCAAUAGGAAUUUUGUUGUAACAUAUAUAAUCACGGUUUAUUUAUUGCAUGAAUUGUCUUGAGAAAAGUCUAUUGUGACUGAAACGUCGACAUUUUUGUAUUCUGCACAAUAAAGCAGUAUUUAUUUUGAUAUAAAACGAAGACUCCAGAGUGCUCUCUACUUGGAUGCUAUAUAUAUAUAUAAUUUUUUUAUUAUUAUUAUUUUUUCUUACUUUUUACAUUUUUAUAAUAUAUAUACAUAUAUAUUUUUUAUUUAACUUUUUACAUUUAUAUAUAUAUAUAUAUUAUUAUUAUUAUUUUAUUUAUAUUUAUGUAUAGGGUAGAUGUGUUUUAAGUGCAUAUUUACAUGUUUUGGAACAAGAUAUAAGGUUACAAUAAAAAAGGUUUACUCCGGAUGUGAUGUGGCGAGUGUGCGCCCCACAUCAUGGGAAGGAGAGGUUUGGACGACCUGGAAAUGAUGAGGCGGGCGCACGGCUGCGUCGCACACUAUAAUUCAACACUGCCCAAAACAAAUAUGGCCGCCAGCACUUCGGAAGUGAUGAGAUGCAGAUUUUUGCCGUGCCACUUCCGUAAUUGCGGAACAAAAGACACCUGUGAAGCACAACCUUCCCCAAACGAAGGAUCUUGAUAGGAGAAAUCUCAGACUGACCCUCCAGUGGAUAGGAAGGGUCACUUGGAAGAAGCAGGCUACCAACUAAGGAAGCCAAUAUCGGAGAAACGCAUUUUGGAUUGGAGAUCAGGAGAGACUCUAGACAUUUAUUCUACCUUUGGUAUCUUGAAAUAUUUUAUUUAUUUUUUUAUAGAUUUUAAUUUGUUGAAUUGUUAAAAUAAACUUGUGGAAACUACAUCAAGUCUCUAAGUUUCCAGACAGACUUGCUUGUUCCAAGAAGGGAGAUGCCCUUCAUAGUGGCACACUUGCUGUUUUACUGAGAGCCCAAUUCAUUGGCUCUCAUAUAGGUGAGCAGAACCUGUACUGCAUAUUCUUUAUAUACAUUGCCUUUACAAUAUCACACUAGGGGCUUGCUUCAUCCCCUUCUCUGAAGUACCUCAGGAUUAAAGAAAAGAAAAGGUUCGGGUGUGACCUUAUGUACCCUUGAUGUUGUAACUUGAGCCUAUCCUUUUUUGGCUCUGUCUCAUGUGAGUUCAUUCAUCGUUUAGUACUUACUCAAUAAGUUGUAUAAUUUAAUGCACUAUAUUGUAUUAUCUCUAUUUUUAGCAUCACUAUAUUCCCCUUAAUAAAAGGGUAAGUGUUCUCAUAUAAAGCACUACAGCUCUUCUUUCCACUGCUCUUUUUUUUUCCUGAUGCCAGGAAUGGCACUCUGAAUCAAGAACUGAACUGAACAUGAUUGUGCUUGCGAAGAUUCUCCUCCAUGGCUACUCGGAAAUCUGAAUUUUGUCUGUUUACUCAAGCAGCCCGGAUUCAACUGAAUUGCAGUUUGGCCCGAAAUGAGUGCCAAUUUUCGAUUGUUUUUUAUUCUCUUGUCUAUUGAGAACUCUUAUCUUAAGCAAUGUUUUUUUAAUAUUUAAGUUCAACUUGCAUGCUUGCAUUAUUUUUUUUUUUUUUUAAUAUGGAAUUACCCUUUUUAUUGAACAAGGGCAGAGCAAAGCUUUUCACCCUAAUAGUACAAAUCCCUGUGAAUCUCGCAUGGCAUUUGUGCUAUUAGGUUAACUAGACUUGCUGCUGAGUAGAAUGUUGUAGAGCCUUAGUAAUGUGGUUUAAAAGAGCGUAGGUGAAAUAUUAAAUAAUUGUAAAUGCCUAUCUCUUAUUUUAGGCUUUGUGGAUUUGAACCAUUCUUUGACCCCCGGGGAGACCAGUACAUGUACAGGAAGAUAUUGAAGUGUGACUACGAGUUUACUUCUCCAUGGUGGGAUGAUGUCUCCUUGAAUGCCAAGGACUUGGUAAGCUUUAAAAUAAAGGUAUGCAUAACCAUGAACAAAAUUUAGCUUUCAUGGAUCUGCUAACAGGUCUUUAUUGAACAUAUCAAAUGUAAUAUUUAUAUUUUAUUUUAAAUGAUAUAUGGUAUAUAAUGUUAUCUUUUUUAUAAUAGGAAGUACUGCGCUACCUUAAUCAACAUAUCAGUUUUAAAUUUUAAGGGUAGAGCAACAGUAAGACAGUGUUUACUGGAUAAAGCAUUAGGAAAUGUGUUGGCAGAUAACCAUUUAUCUAUACACACCAGAUCGCUGCUUCUUUAGUUACUAAGUUUAAAAAAUGAACUGGGCAAAAAUGUUUGGAUGUUGUGUAUCCCAUGAAAUGAAAUGGUCUACAUAAGGAAAGUAAUAAAAGCUCCAGUGUGUGAUAUAGAAAUAAAAAUGUCAAAGUAUAUUCUUCAGAAAUCAUAUAUUUAGAAUUCCCAAGGAAUCAAACAUGUUUUAGAACAGUGAUGCCAUUAAUGUCCAUCUCAAAUAUAUUUAUUCUAUCGAGAAAAAGACCCUUUUUUUCUUUUCUUGUUGGUUUUAUUUACCCUUCUAGACGGCGCUAACUCCAUCGGAGCAAAAGUGCAAAGGUUCCCAUCAUCCCUUCUUAGAGGCAUAAGCCAGUGCCAACUAGUUGAUUUUUCCUUUUUUAAAUAUAUAUAAAAUGAGCACCAUUUCUGACAUUUCCUGUAUCACCAAUGUUGAAUUUUCUCAUGUAAUCUUACAACUCGGAAAUGUGUCAGGUUGAGCUUACUUGUAUAAUAUGGCACAACACAAUACAGAAGCCAUGAGGUCUUGACAGGAGGCGCAGAAGAAAGGGGGCAAGGCUACUCACAGUAUGUAAAAGUAUGCAGCUGGAGCUCCCAAACAGCAUGGCGCAUUCAGAGCAUCGGCAGAGACUGCAUUUUUAUAGUUCGGAGCUGUGACAACUGCUUGGUACCACUGUUGCCAGGGCACCCUGUGCAGACGCACAGCUCCAAGGUCUCUACGGCCGGCCCUGCAUCCAGAACAUCGGGUGGCGGCACACCUAGCACAGUGCUGCAAAACGCUGAUGUGUCACAGCACACCGGUUGAGGAACACUGAUCUAUAGUGUGCAUCUACCAGAAACCAAGUUAAAUCUGUGUAAUGGGAUUAGACACAAUUUUUGAAGCUAAACAAUUCUAAUGUAAAAAAAGUAUAUACCGUUUUCUACAUAUGGCACUCCUCUGCAAGUACAAGAUGUAUCCAUUAAAGAGACACAUUUUUUUAAACACUUACCUGCUUCUUAUAAAUCUGCCUAAAAGCCACCUUUAUUUGAUCAGUUUUCUUAAUUUGUUGCAGAUUUUUAGUACGUGAAUCUGUGCGUCUGUGAAUCUAUGAGUGUGUGCUAAUCUGAGUGCCAUUGAAACUAUGACUGUGUGUGCAUAGGCGUGCGCAGCCUAUUGCAUUAGGGUGUGCACCCUAAAGCACAAGCACACGCCGCAUAUAUAUAUGUGUAUGUAUAUAUAUAUAUAUAUAUAUAUAUAUAUAUAUACAUACAUACACAUAUAUACACACACACAUACACACACUGCUGUGUGUGUGUGUGUGUGCUGUGUGAGGGUGCUGUUAGUGUGAUGUGUGUGUGAGGGUGCUGGUAGUGUGCUAUGUGGGUGAGGGUGUUUGUGUGUGCGUGCUUGUGAGGAUGCUGUUAAUGUACUGUGUGUGAGGAUGCUGUUUGUGUGUGUGUGUGUGUGUGCGCUUGUGAGGGUGCUGUUAAUGUACUGUGUGUGAGGGUGCUGUUUGUGUGUGAGGGUACUGGUCGUGUGCUGUGUGUGUUUGUUAGGGUCCUGUUUGUGUUUGUGAGGGUGCUGUGUGUGUGUGAGGGUGCUGUUUGUGUGCUGUGUGUGUUUGUGAGGGUGCUGUAUGUGUGUGGGUGCUUUGUAUGUCUGUGGGUGCUGUAUGUGUGUGGGUGCUGUGUAUGUCUGUGGGUGCUGUGUGUGGGUGCUGUAUGUGUGUGGGUGCUGUGUAUGUCUGUGGGUGCUGUGUAUGUCUGUGGGUGCUGUGUAUGUCUGUGGGUGCUGUGUAUGUGUGGGUGAUUGUUGGGGUGGAGGUGGGGUACAUUACUUGCUAUCCCCCCUCCCUUCUUACCUUUUGUAGGGAGGGGGGAUAGUGCUGCUGCUUUCCCUGGUGGUCCAGUGGAGAGUGAACUCUAGCCCCUUUGGUGCUAGAGUUCACUCUUGCGAGAUUUGAGCGUUGCAGAGGCAACGCUCAUAUCUCGCAAGAGGAACCCUGCGUAGCUGCCUGCAAUAGCUCCGCCGGUCCUCUCCUGCCUCCCUCCCUGCAUGUGGGUCAGUGGGGAGGGAGGCUGAGAGCAGAGCCGGCGCUCGGAUAGCGCCGGCUCUGCAUGAGCCGACAGGGGAGAUCCUGAGAUCUCCCCUGCCGGUCUCAAUAUGCAUAGGCGUGCCGCGGGAUUAGGGUGUGCCCAGGCACACCCGACACACCCCGUGCGCACGCCUAUGUGUGUGUGAAUUUAUGUGAAUAUGUGAUUCUUUAAAUCUAGAUUAACAUUUACUUAUUUUUGUUCUGUUCUCACUAUAGCAGUGGUUCCCAAACCAGUCCUCAAGGCACCACUACCAGUCCAGGAUUUUGAGAUUACCCAGUUGUGUCUGUGUUUUUGUUUGUUUCUUUUUUUUUUUUUUUAAACACCUUAGACACAACUGAGCAAUACUUAAAUCCUGGACUGUUAGGGGUGCCGUGAGGACUGGUUUGGGAACCACUGUACCCAGAAAACCCAGCAUAAAGAAAACCAUAAAGUCUGUCAAGCAAUCAUGAGGCUGGCUUUGGUGAGACACAGAUUAGUUAUGUGGGAGGUAUACAAGCAAACUGCUCAUGCUUUGGCCUUAACGUGUCACGGAUGGCAGUACGGAGACCAGGACCCCUGUAUGCAAUCAGGGCCUGGUGCAUGGUAACCACACGCCCCCCUGGUGUUGAGCAUCCGGGUUUGUGCUGCCACAUACCAGGGCCCUGAUGCAGCUUCUGCGGAUCCCAGGAGCUAGGAGAAAAUAUUCAGACCUCCCAGGAUUUGGAUAGGGAGGCUCUGCAGCAGAUAUGUAUCCAAUACUAGAAACAAGGCAAGACCAGAACAGGCACCAAACAAGAUGAGACUAGACGAACCCAGAACCAGAGCGAACAGAAAGCAGAGUCCAGAACAUGUACACAAGACAUAAGGGAAACCAGAACAAGGCAUGGACGGGGCAGGACUGUACAUGAACUGGGUAGACAAUAUAAAACAAGACAAGAGAUACAAGGCAAAACAAGGGGAGACAUAACCAAGUACUAUAUAUGUAAAACAUUGGAGAUUUAGACAUACAUAAAUGGCCAAGAAGCAGCCCACCACUGCGCCAAAGUAUUCCAAUUACAGUGGGUCCUAACUGCCUAGAUGCAUGACUAAAUAAACAACAAUAAAACAUACACAGCACUUACCUGCUAAGAAAGGAGCAGAGGUAAUGAGACCACUGCUUGCAGGACAGAUUGAAAGAAAAGCAUGAAUGGCAAAGAAACAGGUGUGGCAACAAAAACCAAACAUUUAAAGGAAUCCAAGAGACUGGGAAUUCCAGUAACAGAAUAAAGGAAUUAACCCAGAAAACCCAGCAUAAAGAAAACCAGACAUAGAAUAGAAAAACCAAGAAGAACUAAACAAGAAUUGUAAAAAGAGUAGUGGAUACCAGAAGCCAUCACCAGAAAUGAUCAGCAGCAGAUUUUAUUGAGGCCUGUCAAAUGCCUGCAAUAAAAAUCUCAGUAUCCAGCUUACUCCAGUCUGUUAUAAUUUUGAACUGAGCCAAGGAUGCCAUUGCAUUGGCUGAAAAUUGGCAAUGGUAGGUAUAGAAUGCAGAUUUGCCAUAUUUGUGCAUGUACAAGUAUAGUCUAUCCCUUGUUUGCUAAAAUAGGUGAUUUGAAAUGGCCUUGUAAAAUAUAAAACUAUAUUUUGGGUCUGUGUGCAGUUCCUUUAUCUGUAUUUUGUAUAAAUGUUGGUCUUUACAGCAGCACCACUGCUGAGAAAUGUAUGUUCUUGGUGUGCUCCCAGUUCCCCUUGUUUUCUAUGCAGUAUUUUACCAGCAGGCGUCUUAAGUUUGAAAUUUUCUUUGAAUUCCUGGCAAUUUUCACUUUAGUGAGUUAGAAAGUAAUUUAAAGAUAGGACAGUGAAAUUGUCGCCCCAUGGAACUUGAGCAGCAUAAGUGGAAUAGGGCCCUGACAGAGCUUGGAGGCGGGCUGAGGGGGAGAAUAGGUGGGUGGGGUUUGAGGAUAUGAUAAGGGGGGCGGCCUAGUAUAAAUAGGUCAGCCAUUUUAGCUACUGUCACCAUUAAUUUCCUGACCAGUUUGAGUCGUUUUUUGCUCUGGUUUGGCCUGGUGGGGGUUUCUUCUUGUGUCUUUCAGAUGGACCCAUCGGUGGAAUUUCUGAUCGCUGCGAUCAGGGCGGCGGCGGUGGUGAGCAAGAGGUCUGCAUGGAAGCAGGAGCAGCUCAGCGAGGUGCUCACGGCGGCUGGUCAAGAAGCCAUGGGGACCGCCCGGCCGGCUAGGAAGAGGAGGCCCCCGGCAAAAUCGAGCUUGGACCCAGGGAGUGAGGGGCUGGCAGGAGUUUUGCGGCACCAGCAGCAGUCCUGGACGCAGGAGGGAAGGCCAUGAAAGGUAUCCGGCAGCCUGGAGGCGGGGAGCAUUGCAGAGCCCGGACAGUGGGGUGCUGCGCUGGGACGGCAGCCGGCUGCAAUUGGCAGUGUGGGUCUGGGGCCUGUGCCUGUGACGGGCCGCCUGCCAGAAGUGCGGCCCCUAGUGAUCCCAGGGCAGUGUUGGAGGUACAGGGACUGAACGUGACAAGCUGCCCAGUCCUUCUUGUUGUUCCAGGUCCCGCGGCAGGUCUGAUUCCGGACGGUCGGUGUACCGGGUGGCUACACCGGUUGGCAAGGGGAAUAUUACGAUGGAGGAGGCUGGACCGGAGAUGAUUCGAGGAGCAGCCCACAUGCCUUUGGCAGCGGAGGGUUUGGCCAGUGAGUCUGGUCCUGCUACACCCACACAAGGCUUAAUUGACACACUGCAACACCUGAUUGACACAUGGAGAAAAGAAAAGGCGGCUAGCACAGAUGUAGGUCAGGUCUGGGUGCUGGGGAGGGGCAAGCGCAAAGUCUGUUGUCGUUGGCACAGGCACCGCGGUCAAAGGGGUGCCGGGUCUGCAUCAAAGGUGUACAGUGACAAGAAAAGGGUGGUGCUGAUAGGUGGUGUUCCGGAUGCGGCGUGGCAAAAUGUUUAGGUCUCAUUUUCUGGGCAGUAGGGGGUUCAUCUCAAGCAGGAAGUGAAGGAUAAGAUAUUGACGGGUGAGUUUGUUGAGAUGUUUUCCUCCUGCUUCUGGAGGAGUAUAUAGAUCUUAGGGAGGAUGACAAGAGGGGUGGCAAAAAGGAGGAGGAGAAAAAGAAGCGGUACAAGAAAAUUCCGAAAUCAUUUGUCAAUUGGCUACGGGCGUUUUGCAUAUUGGCCAGUGUUCUUGGCGAGAAGAUGCCAGGGAUCUAUUCCUAGCUUUUCUGCUAUCUUGAUGGCAUUUGGGAGGCCUACGGUGGAAGUAUGACGAACAAUUCCGGCAGAUGCUGGUGGCCAACCCGGGGAUGCAGUGGGACAGGAUGGACCUACCCUUAUGGUUUAAGCUGAUGAUGGCUUCAAAAGUGUCCCCCUUUCAGUUGUGGGCCGGUCUUCCUCGUCAGUCGCAGUUAGAAAAGGCAUAUGCUGGUUGUACCAUUAGGGGACAGUGUAAGUGGGGUGCCGCGUGCAGGUUUAAGCACGAGUGCUCCAGGUGCAGGGGCAGCCAUGCCCUUCAGCGGUGUUUCAAUAAAGGUAAGAGCGGAACUGCCAGAGGGACAGCUGCUGCCAGUUCAGUAGCCGCUGCCCAGGGGCAUAACCCCAAUGAGGUUAGGCGCGAUACUUCCAUGGCUAAACCGCUACGGUAACAUAGCCAACGCGGAAGUGUUGAGGGCCGGGUUUUCUGAGGGUUUUAUCAUACCAUUUUGGGAACGUGAAUUCCCGGUGAAUUUUCGCAAUUUACGCUCGGUGGCGGACUUCCCUCAGGUGGUGCGGGAGAAGCUGGGAAAGAAGGUUCAGUUGAGAAAAAUGGCGGGCUGUCGCCGCUAGGUGGGAAAAUUUUGGCUCAUCCACCAACUCUCGCUUCCCAAAGGGGGGUCGGUCAAUGACGACAUUGACAAAGAUUUGUGCUCAUUCUCUUAUGCAUCAUUCGACCGGGCGGUCAAGCUGGUUAAGAAGGCCGGGCCUGCUGCGUUGAUGGUGAAGUUUGACAUUGAAUGCAUUUCGGCUGCUGCCUAUUGCUCCUAUUUUAAGAAGUUUAGUACCUUCUUGGAGUGGGUCGUUCAAUCGGAGGUGGGGAAUUGGUUGGUAAUACAUUACCUUGACGAUUUUCUAUGCGUGGGACCAGCCAGAUCCCACAUGUGCCUGCAGACACUCGAAUGGUUGGCAGGGCUAUUUGGGGUGCCGUUGGCAGAGGGCAAAACGGAGGGGCCCACCAAAUGUCUCAGCUUCUCAGGACUGGAGAUUGACUCGAACAAGGGUGAGUGUUGGCUUCCUCGGAAAGCUUGUCCCGGGCGAUGGUGGGGAUGCAGGCUCCACACCACUUCAUUUUCGGCUGACAUGAAGGCAGACCUGGGAGUGUGGGACGCGUUCCUUACGCUCUGUAAUGGCACGGUGAUCUUCUGGAAGGCAUCAGUGUCAGCCGAAAAGCUGGAGCUGUACACCGAUACAUCGGGGAACGUGGGAUACAGGGCAUAUUUCGGGCGAUGGUGUGCGGAGCCGUGGCCGAUAGCAUGGUCUCGUAGCCCGCUAAUCCCUAACCUUGCAUUCUUGGAACUCUUCCCAUUGGUGGUGGUUCUCGCAUUGUGGGGUGAUUUGCUCCGGGACCGGAAGGUGGUAUUUUAUCGGACAAUAUGGCUGUGGUACAUGCAGUGAAUAAUGUCUCCGCCCUGGUGGUAUGCCUCAUGAGCAAAUUUGUGCUGCUGUGUAUGUCUCUUAUUGUGGUAUUCUGCAUGUGGCACAUUCCAGGGGAACUUGAAUGUCGUGGCUGAACCUUAUCUCAUUUUCAGUGGUCUCAGCUUCAGAUGGUGGUGCCGGAGGUGAAGGAAGCUGGGCAGGCCUGCCCGGAGGAGAUCUAGCGGCUCGGGAUGACGUGCCUGUCAGAUUUGUGAAGUCAUCGCUGGCUUCCGGUACCUGGUCGGCUUACUGUAAGGUGUGGGAGUCUUGGGACGGCCUGUAAGGGGAGCUGGUUGGGGGGGGGGCUCGGUUGGGUGCAUUCUUGUGGUACACCUGCCAACUACUGGCACUAUAGGCACAUGUCGGCGUUGGCAUUCUGGUUCAAACUUCAGGGUUGGGAACAUCUUACCAAACGUUUCAUUUUGCGGCAGGCUCUUAAGGGGUUCCGGAAUGGUCGUGUGGUGCAGGACUAUAGGAGACCCAUCUCCUUUCACGUACCUGGGGGUUUGGUGCGGGUGCUUCCCGGGAUUUGUUUCACCGAAUACGAAUCGUGGCUGUUCGGUUUGGCAUUUGUCUUGGCUGUCUUUGGUGCCUUCCGCAUCGGGAGUUGGUUAGUGCCAACAAGGGUGUCAGAGGGGGCGUGAGGCGGGGAAAUGUUUUGUGUCAACCGAUAAAGUGGUGGUGCGGCUGGCAAGCUCAAAAACAGAUGUCAUGGGGAAGGGGGUGGACAUAGUGCUACCGGGGUAAGACUUGGGCACCAUGCUCAACUUCUCGCAGUACCUGGAGAAGUGGCCGGUGGGCGAUGUGUCCUUCUUGGUUCAUUAGGAUGGAUUUUCACUGUCGUGCUUCCAGUUCUUCGGGGUCUUUCGCAUGGGCUUAGGGGUGCUGGGACUGCAGCCUUACCAGUUUGGGACACACUCCUUUUGCACAGGUGCAGCUAAGGAGGUGACAAGAUUGGGCUUAGGUGACGAGAUCGUUAAGAAAAUUGGGAGGUUGUAAAUCAUUCAGUUCCUAUCCUACGUGUGGCUAGGGCGCCUGGUAUAAGCGGCUGGGUCUAGGGUUUCCGAAGAUGCGGCCUAACUGCCUCUUGUCUCCAUAGAGCAAGUGGUGUGGAUGGUGGGCCAUUCCUACAUCUUCUGGGCCAAAUGGAGGGCUGCAGUUUGUUUUAAAGGACCACUCUAGGCACCCAGACCACUUCAGCUUAAUGAAGUGGUCUGGGUGCCAGGUCCUUCUAGGGUUAACCCAUUUUUUUAUAAACAUAGCAGUUUCAGAGAAAUGUUUCUUAAUGGGUUAAGCCUUCCCCCUAAUCCUCUAGUGGCUGUCUCAUUUACAGCCACUAGAGGCGCUUGCGUGCUUCUAACUGUGAUUUCCACAGUGAGAGCACGCCAGCGUCCAUAGGAAAGCAUUGUAAAUGCUUUCCUAUGUGACCGGCUGAAUGCGCGCGCAGCUCUUGCCGCACGUGCGCAUUCAGCCGGCGGGGCGGAACAGAGGAGGAGAGCUCCCCGCCCAGCGCUGGAAAAAGGUAGGUUUUUACCCCUUUCCCCCUUCCAGAGCCGGGCGGGAGGGGGACCCUGAGGGUGGGGGCACCCUCAGGGCACUAUAGUGCCAGGAAAACGAGUAUGUUUUCCUGGCACUAUAGUGGUCCUUUAAGGGUCAGCAGCUGGGCUUUCCUGAGGGCCGGAUAGCAUUGAAAUGGUUCAGAUAUCAGGGUUACAGGUGGCAGGCCGUUUGUGGGGAGAUCCUCGGUAUGCUGGGAAGUGGUAAGAGACCGGAUGUGUUAGUACUACAUGCUGGAGGUAAUGACAUGGGACUCGUCCCACAAAGGCAAUUGGUGAAGUGGAUGAAGCAGGACUUGAACAGGCUGCGGGCACUAGUCCCUGGGAUGCAAUUGGUGUGGUCAGAGAUGGUGCCUCGGUUGCGGUGGUGGCACACACGGGCUUCUACCGCGAUGCAACGCGGCCAUGGAAAGGUCAACGGGUCGAUGACCUGGUUUGUGAAAAAAUUGGGGGGAGUGGUGGUUCGGCAUAGGGCACUGGAGGAUACGUUGCCUGGGUAUUACAGACAGGAUGGGGUUCACCUUUUGGAUGUGGGGUUGGACAUUUUAAGCCUGGGACUGCAAGAGGGGUUGCACAGGGCCAUGUUUCUUCUGGGUGGUGGAGCUUAGACAGCUUAAGGUGUCAAGGUCUGAGCUUGUGGCGGGGUUAGUUAGGGGAAAUAUAGGGAUAAAAGGGCCCCUGGUGGAGUUACAGAGGAGUUAAGGAUGUUUUGGAUGAGUGGUUUAAGUUGGUUGUUAUAAUGUUGGUGUUAUGAGCCCUUGGUGGGGUAAAGGGUAUCCGAGUAUACCCCUACCAGGAGGCGUUAAGUUAUGUUAAAUAUAUGUUAUGUUAAAUAUGAUUAGUUAUGUUAAAUGGUGGGGUAUGGGUGGUGAGGGGUCACUCCUCCUGCCCAGAUAGUGACAAUGCACCUGUCAUGCACUUUAUGUGAGGUGAGAAAAAGACAGUCUAGUAUAGAAAGAGGAAUUACACAUUAAAUUGCUAAGCUUUGUUGAACAGAAGAGUUUGAAAGUUUUUAGUAAAUAAAUAAUCAGACAAUAAAGUCUGUUACCGGACCUGACACGGCGGCCCUGGUGUCUCUGGCAAGGUGUACCAGUUCAGGCAAAGUUAUUGUCUGUGGGUUUCUUUUUACAUAUCCUCUAGAAUGUAAGUUCAAUGAGUAGGGCCCUCCACCUCUCUGUUCCUGUACGUCCAGUUGUCUGGUUACAAUUACAUGUCUGUUAGUCCACCCAUUGUACAGCGCUACAGAAUCUGAUGGCACUAUAUAAAUAAUACAAUAAUAAUAACCUGCACCACUAACUCCUCCACUAUUUGCUAGGACUCAUCUUUGGUGGCGUAUGCAGGUUAUACUGCGCUAGUAUCUGGUUACUAUAUGACCUUCUAUCCAUCUAUUCUUCUGUCAAUACUCUUAUGAGUAAUUACUCUAUAGAGGACAAUGAAUAGUCAUAUCUUGUGAGACCUCAAGGAAGAGACAACCAGUUUCAUUCUUGAUUAAGGCAGGAGCAGCUAACUUUAUUCUGGAGUUCCCAGCUUUCUUAAAGACCACAGCACAAAGGAAAUGUGUUUCCAAAUAGAGAGCCAGAAAUUAUGCUGUACUUGUUAAUACCAAUGUGGGAUGGGAGUCCUCCUGCCUGAGGGAUGCAAAUUAGGUUGAGCUAAAUAUCCCCAGGGGGGUCUUUUCUUCUUAUCCCAAGACAUUCCAAUGGAAAGGAUAGUUCUCCCCACUACUAUGUAACUAAACACUUUAAACAUGUUGAAAUGCCUUAAUUCUUUGGAUUUUUUUUUCUUAGGACAUACAAAGCAGCUGAGACCGUAACUAGCAAAUAUGCCAGUUUUGUCACACUGGAAUAUAAAUGUGUGAAAUCAUAAGAUCUGUUUUCCUAAAUCUCUCUAACACUCAUCUUACACAGGUUCAGAAGCUGAUUGUGCUGGACCCCCAAAAAAGAUUGACAGUCUCGCAAGCUUUGCAGCACCCAUGGGUGACAGGAAAAGCAGCUAAGCUUUCCCAUAUGGAUCGCACACAAAAGAGACUUCUAGAAUUGAAUGCCCGGCGCAAAUUAAAGGUGAUGUGCAAUUAUAUUAGACAUACCAUCUCCUCAAUAAAUAUUAAAACAUUUUUGAUAUGUUCACAGACAACAUUUAAUCUUUUGUGAAAAUGGGAAAAAAUAUUUUCUCUUAUAUAUCAUUUCACAACUUGUAUUUUUAAUUGUGUUUUCUUUAUAGGUAGCUAUGAAAGCAGUAGUAGCAUCAAGUCGCUUGGUAAAUCAUGUUUACCAUGAAAACCCAAGAAAUGUGCAAAGGUCGGCGAGUUUAGGUUUGAGAGCAGAAGAUUCCUGCUUGUCAACAGAUCCACAAAGUCUUCUGACAUCAUCCAACACUGAGUAGACAGAAUAACUAAACACGCAAGUGGCAUGUUAAGGGCUAAAUUUGCAAUCCUUUGGUCUUCCACUGAAAUAGCCUCUUUUGCAACUUUACGGAAGUAAUGUUGCAAAGUGUCAGCAGUGAAUAAAAACUGAAAUUGUCAUCUCGGAUAAAAACUGCAUGACCUACAUUUUUAUGCACUCAAGAUAAACUCAGACGUUGGUAGAAAUAUUGGAGCAAAAUCAACAGCAAAUUUUCUACACUAUAAAGGGUCUUUGACCCGACAGGGUGGAAACGUUGCUGCUGAUUUUGUCCAAUAAAUCUACCAACUUCUGAGUUUAUCUUGAGUGCCUGGUUCAUUAUUGAGUUUUCAAACUGACUAAGCGAACCUCAGCCACCCUGAGGCCUGGUUGCACCCUGGGAACCUGGAGAGUGCGGUAUCCUUUAUUUUAUUGACGUUGCUACAUUUUCAUGCAACAUAAUUUGGUGCAUGUGCUUAAACUGAUUGGUUUCAAACAUAUGUAAUGACAUGUAAUAAAAUAUAUGGCAUUUUAAGAUUUAAAAAUCAGCUUGUUUGUGUGUUGCAGCUAGGGUGUGGACAUUAGUCAAAGAACAAUAUCUUAUUAGAUAAUAACGUUAAAUGUAAAAUGUCGAACAUGUGAUUAUAACAUACAUAAAUAAAACAUUUUCAUCG